GACACGCCCACUCGUGUCUGCUGCGUGUUUAUCCUGCAGGCUCGCGCUUGUUUAAUUGUCAUGACCAAUCCGAGCGGGCGGUGCCUCGUGCCUGCUGAUAAGACCCCGCCCGUCCAAAUACCCCGGUAGACAAAUGAAGCGCGUGUGUGUUACCGUAGUUUGGCACGCGCAUUUACGCUCACUGCUGAGACCAAAUCCGCGCUCGCGCACGAAAUCCAUUUAGUGUCCGGUCGGUGAGGCCCAGCCCGAGUCUGUCCCCGUGAACUGAACCUCCCUGUCGGUGUGUUCCUGUCGGUGUGUCCCUGUCCCUCCGUCGGUGCUCCGGGCUGACAGCGGCGGACGUCCGUCCCUGAGUCUCUGAAUGGCGGAUUCCAGCAGCUCCGCAGCGGCCGGGGCCGAGCCCUCCUCCGGGGCCGGGGCAACUGCUGCUGCUGCCGGGGCGGCGGGGAAGACUGCGGCCGACGGUCCGAGCACCGCUGCUGCGGCGGUACCGACCAAGACCGAGACCGUGAAGGGUCAGAACUUUGACGUGGGCCCCCGGUACACCAACCUGUCCUACAUCGGGGAGGGAGCCUACGGGAUGGUCUGGUGAGUCUAAAUCUGAGGGUCUAAUCUGAGGAUAAUCUGGGUUAACCGGGACCAGAACAGUCCGGUCCAAACAGACCGGAUGUGGUUCUGUGAGGGCCGUGGACUCGGACCCUGGUCCUCUAACAGGUCCGCUGGUUGUUGUUGUUGUUGUUAGCAUGCUAACCGGAGCUUCAGGCGUGGCUCAGAUGGCGCAGAGUGAGGGUGGACCUGAGGAUCUGAGGAGAACCGGGUCUAAACUCGGACCUGAGUCAGUUUGAGGGGGUCUGAGGAUCCAGGUUUAGUCCUUUAAAGACCCUCAGGUCUGAGAGUGGACCCUGAUCCUGCAGCAGGUCUGCCGCAGAGGAUGAUGGGUGGAUUAUCAGAGUUAAAAGGAGGCCUCUUCUCUCCUUUCCUUAACUCUUGUUUCCUUUCCUUUACUCUCCUCUCGUUUCCUUUCCUUUACUCUCCUCUUCUCCCCUCAUUUACCUCCUCCCUUUCUUUUUUUCUCCUCUCCGCUCAUGUUCUUUUCUCUCCUCUUGUUUACUUUCCUUUCCACUUCUCAUCUUCUCUCCCCUCCUCUCCUCUUGUUUCCUUUCCCUUUCUCCCCUCUCAUUUCCUCUCUUCUCUCUCUACUCUCCUCCUCUCCCCUCUUCCUCUCCUCUUGUUCUCCGGAUCUCUCCAUCGUCUCUGUAAACUCAGCAGGUGUGUGUGUGUGUGUGUGUGUGUGUGUGUGUGUGUGUGUGUGUGUGUGCGUGCGUGCGUGCGUGCGUGCAUGUGUGUGUGCACGGCAGCAGCAGCUCUGGGCUGUCUUGUCAUUCUGGUCACAUGACUCCUCCCUUGCAGCCUGUUAGUGUUUGUAAACAGAGUCGACCCCCACAGGUUGGUUCAGAGUUCAGAGUUCAGACUUCCUCUCAGGAGUCUCCUCCACUGUUGCCUGGAGCAUGCUCAGUUUACUCCGGUUGUUUUUGAUGAAAAUAUUUUUAGCUGACUUUGAGGAUAAAAAACUUUAAGAUCAUUUUCUCCUCAGCUGAUUGAUCAGAGGAGACGUCUCUGUUCCCCUCGUGGUUCCUCGACUCUCGCCGACUGUAACAUGACACCUGUGUUUCUGUUUCCUCCAUGCCCAGCUCUGCCAUGGACAACGUGACGAGCCAGCGCGUCGCCAUCAAGAAAAUCAGUCCAUUCGAGCACCAGACGUACUGUCAGCGCACACUGAGAGAGAUCAAGAUCCUGCUGCGCUUUAACCACGAGAACAUCAUCGGCAUCAACGACAUCCUGCGGGCGCGGCACAUCGACAACAUGAGGGAUGUGUAUCCUUUAACGCUCGCUGCAGCUUGAUCAGAUGAUUGAUUAUGAACACAUUAAAAAUAUUUCUGUUUCUCUCUGACUCUGAAAAGAUCUGGUCGUGUCGUGUUCAAUAAAAACGCCGAUCAGCCUCUAAAUUUAUCGCAGCGGCUCGUUUUUCAUUUGAGAUGUUUGGUUUCACCUGAUUCUGAGGUUAUUGCAGCGAGAGUGUCCGACUGCUGCUGGGCUUCAAACCAAAUCAGUAAACAACAAGUUAUUAAUGUGGGUUUCACUCUGAGAGGAAAAUGUAAUAACCAGGAAAUAAAGGAGAACCUUCAGGUUCCUGCUGAUGGUCACGACCGCUCUGAACGUUUAGAUCAGAGGACUUUAAUGUCUCAUGAACAGACAGAUUUUUGAGGGUUCGAUGUUCGUCCUGCUGUCCGUGGACGGCGGCGUCUCUCACGGUCGUCCUCCUUGACGCUGCGUCUCUUCAGCUACAUCGUGCAGACUCUGAUGGAGACGGAUCUUUACAAGCUGCUGAAGAGCCAGAGGUUGAGCAACGACCACAUCUGCUACUUCCUGUACCAGAUCCUGAGAGGCCUCAAGUACAUCCACUCAGCCAACGUGCUGCACCGCGACCUGAAACCCUCCAACCUGCUCAUCAACACCACCUGUGACCUCAAGGUGAGCUCACACACACACACACACUCACACACACACACACACACACACACACACACACACACACUCACACACCGACCAUCACCUCUGCAGAAAACACGGCUGAUGCGUGAAUUUCAUCAGCAGGACCGGAUAACUUAUAAAAACACUAAAGUGACUCCGUACACUUAAAGGGAUAUUCCGUCAUAAACUUAAUUUAGGGUCAAACCCACCGUAACACUGAGUUAGACCCCCCCUCCAGAGAUGAAUGUUGUCGACCGCUUUCUUCUCUAGUUAUACCAACUUUAGUAACGACCGCAGGAUAGAAAUACAGAGAGCCACGCCCCCAACCAAAACGCCACUCUAUAGCCACAAAUAAUGCUCAGAACAGCACCUAACUUCAUCAACAAUACAUAUAGGGUCACAGACAUAGUACUAGACACCAAACAUCUUUUUAACUUUGACUCAUUUCUUUAGCAAAGAGACUAAACACAACUCACCUACUCUCUUCCAGCAGACGCUUGUUUGUAUCAUUUCUUCAUCAUUUCCUUGAAGUAAUAAUCAUCAUAUUAAUCAUUUUACAGACGCUGUAGUUCUUCUGCUUUAGUGUCUCGGUCUGAUUGUAUUUCCAUGAUAAAGAAAUGAUUAAUUAAAUUAAUUUUACACCAGAAUAUCCCUUUAAAUGGAUUUGUGGUAGGCCAGUGUUUAGGAUUGCCGGUGUCGUCUGUCCGUCAGGAUUUGUAAAGAGUGUUAAAGUCUUAUGUGGGGGGGUUGAAGAGAAUCUGAGGAAUGUGUCUGAGUGGACCUGAGCUCUGCUCGACCAAACACGGGUUCAUGUUGAAUAUUUGUUCAGCUGCACAGAUGAAACCUGCAGCAUGUUGUUUCUGUAUUAUUGUGUAUCUAACAGGGUUCCUACACAGGUGGAAUUUCCAUACUUACCUUAGUGCUGUUAUUAGAAAUCAAUUUGAGGUCUUUUGGUCACAUGACAGUGAAGCUAUUGAAGGAAAACAGCCUUUUCUGAGAACAUCAACCGGUAAUUUAUUGACGGUCCCUUAUUCAACACCGACGUUGACAGUGAGGGUGUCGAGUAGAUUUAACCGCGCUGCUGUUGUUAUUCCCGGUUAUGGAGAGUGAGAAGACACCGGUAGAUCCUCAGAGAAUGUCCGUCAGAUAUCCAACCUGAAACUAACUUCACCGCCGUAUUUACAGGAGAAUAUAUCCAACCUGAAACUAACUUCACCGCCGUAUUUACAGGAAAAUAUAUCCAACCUGAAACUAACUUCACCGCCAUAUUUACAGGAAAAUAUAUCCAACCUGAAACUAACUUCACCGCCGUAUUUACAGGAAAAUAUAUCCAACCUGAAACUAACUUCACCGCCGUAUUUACAGGAGAAUAUAUCCAACCUGAAACUAACUUCACCGCUGUAUUUACAGGAAAAUAUAUCCAACCUGAAACUAACUUCACCGCCGUAUUUACAGGAGAAUAUAUCCAACCUGAAACUAACUUCACCGCAGUAUUUACAGGAGAAUAUAUCCAACCUAAAACUAACUUCACCGCCGUAUUUACAGGAAAAUAUAUCCAACCUAAAACUAACUUCACCGCCGUAUUUACAGGAAAAUAUAUCCAACCUGAAACUAACUUCACCGCCGUAUUUACAGGAAAAUAAAACAUCUGUUACCUCGGCUGAUUUUUACGGUGACAGAGAUCCGCCACUGCUACAAAUAAAAAAGGAUGCCAGAAUAAGAAGCCCCAACUCCUCCACACUGAUGAAUAUUCAGAUUUAUGAACCCAGUCAUCUGUGAGGCGCCCUCAUGUCUUCAUGUGUCCAUAUGUCUGUCCUUCUCUUUGACCUCCAGAUCUGUGACUUCGGCCUGGCGAGGAUAGCCGACCCUGAGCACGACCACACGGGUUUCCUGACUGAGUACGUGGCCACGCGUUGGUACAGAGCUCCAGAGAUCAUGCUUAACUCGAAGGUGAGCUCGUUACCAUGGAAACACGGAGGACUUUAUCAGGGUGGGAAACCCGGGCAGCCCUGUAAAAACUGUAAAAACUUCAACGACAGAAACAGAGUGAUUUUAUUUUGAAGGUUGUCUCAUGUCCCGUCUGUUAACAUGGAGGAGGCGGGGCUUAUAGAGAGGACUUUUCUAAACCUUUUCUGUGUUUCUGUCUCAGGGUUACUCCAAGUCCAUCGAUAUCUGGUCGGUGGGCUGUAUCCUGGCGGAGAUGUUGUCCAACCUGCCGCUCUUCCCGGGGAAACAUUACUUAGACCAGCUGAACCAGAUCCUGGGUGAGACUCCUCCAAUCUUCUCCGAUCUUCUCUGUCUCCUUCUGACAGUCUGUUUCUGUUUCAGACGUUAGAUUUUCAGAAUAAAACAGAUUCUCUAAAGAUGUCCUCCUGUCUGUCCGUCCUCGUCCUCAGGUGUCCUCGGCUCUCCGUCUCAGGAAGAUCUGAACUGCAUCAUCAACAUGAAGGCGAGGAAUUACCUGCAGGCGCUGCCGCCCAAAGACAAGGUCCCCUGGGAGAAGAUCUUCCAGGCCGAUUCAAAGGGUACGAUAAGACGUCAGGUUUCUGAAAACCAGAGGAGGGUCUUUAAGAGGAACCUGGAGACCCUCCUCUGACUGUCCGACACACCUCACUCACUUUAUGUCCACAGGUGUUCGUAAAGUUUCACAGUUUAACACUAAAGUCACGGUUUAAUCAUCAUCAUCAUUUCUUUAAGUCUAAGUGUGACUUUAACCGUCUGUAAAUCCUCACAGUUCUGGACCUGCUGGGCCGCAUGUUGACCUUUAACCCCAUGAAGCGCAUCAGCGUGGAGGAGGCGCUGGCUCACCCGUACCUGGAGCAGUACUACGACCCCACAGACGAGGUACACGCCUCUGUUAACCUCACGUUUAUUUAAAGACCUGGGGCUCCGUUUUCCUGCCCGCCGGCAGCGUGGCGGAGGGUGGCUGCCUUCUGACGCUUUGUGUGGCGUUGCUUUCUUCAGACAUCUCUUGAUCUCAGGUCUCAGCUGUGUUAAACCCACUCCACGCCCUCUCUACGACUUACGCCGCUGGGAGGAGCUGAGUUAGGGAGGGGGGAUACUUACGCCGGGCUGCGCCACUCACCAAAAUACCAAAAUGUGUUUGGGAACGCCUUGUCGGCGCGGCGGACCUGACUUACACCGCACCUAUGCCACGCCGCCGGCGAGGAAUGAAAAUAGAGCCCCUGAUCUGACUUUGAGGAACUGAGGAAGCAGCAUCUAUGAUUUCCAGUUCUACGUUGAAAGGACAACUGGACGUAAAAUACGUCCAGUUGUCCUUUUCAGAAGAGUUUUAGAUUUUGAUCCAUCAGACCUCAAGAAGUUCAGGGACAAGUGAUGUUAAACCUCCAUCUUUGAUACUCUGUGUGUGUGUGUGUGUGUGUGUGUGUGUGUGUGUGUGUGUGUGUGUGUGUGUGUGUGUGUGUGUGUGUGUGUGUGUGUGUGUGUGUGUGUGUGUUCCAGCCGGUAGCAGAGGAGCCCUUCACGUUCUCCAUGGAGCUGGACGAUCUCCCCAAGGAGAAGCUGAAGGAGCUGAUCUACGAGGAAACGGCUCGUUUCCAGGAGAACUACCAGGGAUCCUGAGACGCACAGGUCUGUGGCGUCCUCUCUCCUAACCUGAACACGGCGCCAUAACCAAACAGAGAAGGGAACGUUAAAGAAUCAAAUCAAGAUGCAGAAUCGAUAUCGAUAAAAUCUUAUCAGUUUCCAUCCCUGAGUUUGACCCUUUUAAGAAAACAUAAAGAGACAGACAGAGGGGACAGAGGGGACAGAGGGGACAGAGGGGACAGGAGCAGGAGGAACGGACGGGACGUGUCCGUAUGAUUUUAUAUUUAACUUCAGAUGCAGAUUGACUCCGCCCACAACCAGAAACAGUCCGUCCUCUUCCUGUUAAAACCCUGACACUAAAACUGAGCGUGAAGAUCCUCUCUGAUAAAUGUUUGUUCCACCGUGACGCCACUAGAUGUCAGUGAAGCUGAACCUUCAGAGUCUGUGAGCUCAGUCACCGUCUGUCAGUGAAGAAGUGAGUGAAGAACAAACGCCCUGAACCGUCCGUCUGUUCCACUCAGAGUCUUCUCUGAAAGACAAACCUCCACAUGUUUUAGUUUGUUCCUCUGAUGGACUGAAGAUCUGGACUCAUGCGUCUCUGUCUCUGUUUGUGUUUCAGCUCCUGACGGGGACAAAGCCACGCAGCGUCUCGACCAAGAAGACCCCAAACGUCAAAACAAAAGAGAAAAAAAAAGAAGCAUCCUCAAAGAAACCCAGAAAAAGAGAAAAAGGAACAUUUAACUGCUUUUCUUUGCGUUUCUACGGCGACAGAGCUGAGUGACACUUGGAUCAGCUGAGGGUGGGGCGGCGGUCUGUCACCAUGUCUCUGUCUGACCUUCGUUUCCUGCUCCACCUCCUCUCUCCUCUUUGACCAUCCUCACUAACUCCUCCUCCUCCUCUUUCUCCUCUUUCUGUCGCUCCGUCUCAUAUAAACACAAACUCCUGUAUUAACUCCAGAACUCCUCUCGCUCUAUAACCCGGAAACUCGAGGGCUAAAGAAGCGCGGUGGCGGCGGUUGCGGUGGCGGUGUGUGUGUGUAUAUAUAAAAGGACCGAAGAGUGUUUGUUAUUUUGUUGUUUCGGUGUUUUCGCCUCUUUGUUUCCUCUCAGUCGAUGAAUUCUUGAUUUGGCGGCGUUUCGAUGUGGGCGGGUUCUUCCUCGUGGUGUUCGUUGAGUCCGUGUUUGAUCCACUGUGGACGCAUGCUUUCCUGAAAUGAACCAAAGUGACCGAGAGACGCAGAAACUGUCUGAGGGGAGACUUUAAAGGUUUAGAUUUCUCACGUUUAUUAACACCGAAGUCAGACAGGAAGUCAGUCAGCGAGCUGAGUCAGCGAACGCUCCUGGUUUUAUGUUCAAGAUCCGAUCUUCAGAUUAUUUCAUCUGGUCUCAUUCUGAGAGCGCUUCUUUCCCCGCAACGCUGGACUAUCGUCAGGAGUUCAACCUAAUACAUUCCUGUUAUAAAAACAGCUGAUCAGUGAACAGCUGAUCUGUGAACAGCUGAGAGGAAACACUCUGAUGUUUUUGUUUUUGUUCUCCUAAACUGAAAAAAACCUUCAGCCUCUCUUUCAUGUUUGACUUUCCUGAUCUUUCAACUUGAAGUUCAGUUCUGCACACGACUCAAAGAUCAAAAGAAGCAGAGACUUUGUGGUGAUCAGAGAUCUGAUCAGAGUGUAGAUGUGGACCGUUUUUUCUGAGGUCUAAAGGCAUAAAAAUCCGUCAGUCUGCGAGUCGAAACAGAUCCCUGAGAGUUUAAUCCUCAUGCCUCCUGUCUGUGUCAGAAAUAUGACCUCCAGGCGUGCAGAGAAGAACGAGCGCUCCUCCAGACCACGGUCAGAAACACGUCAAACACCUUUAAAGUCGUGAUUUAAACUCUUUCAGAUUUCUGCGGUUUGAACCCACAUUUCCACGUUUACAGAGACGCUCAGAGUUUGUAAGUUUUCAGCAGAAAGAUGAAGAUUAAAUGGACUUUAGAUGAUCUUCUUCAGUGAGUUUGAGUCGAUCUGCAGCAGACAGAAGUUUUUAUUUUAUAGGAUCAUGUUAACAGAGUUUCUCCAGCAGAACCUCGUUUCUCUGAUCAGACGGUCUCACAGCUUCAGUCCUCUGUCUUCAUCUGUUCAUUCUCCUCCAGUCUGCCGUCAUGAGUUCAGUUUCCCCGUCUGCUCCUCCGUCGUCUGACCCGACUGAUCUGACCCGAUUGAUCUGACCCGACUGAUCUGACCCGACUGAUCUGACCCAACUGAUCUGACCCGACUUAUCCGCCGUGUUCUAGACCGACUCAUACUCUGGACCUCGUCUGGUUUUCUUCGGCCUCCUCUCUCAGAGGCGUUUUGAUGCAUGUUGUGAUGUUCCUCCUUCCGGUUUGACCUCCUGACCCCCUCCUCGCUUUACUCAAAGGGCUGCCUCCUCCUCCUCCUCCUCCUCCUCCUCCUCCUCCUCCUCCUCCUCCUCUUCCUCCUCAGUAUUAUUACGAUGAUCUGCUGUCACCUAAACUCUCACCUCCCCUCUUCUCCCAGAACUACGUCACUCAUAUAAAAGCAGGAAACCCGCUCUGAUCACAUGACCCAAUCAGCACGCCUGCACUUUGUCCCUCUGGCCACGCCCCCUCUGUUUCCCUUCGUCUUCGUUCAGCUUUAAGUUUGUGAGUCUGAAGACGUGAAUGUGAGUUUUCUGCUCCUCAGCAACAUGAAGCCAAGGCUCUGUCUGUCUGUGUCUGUCUGUGUGUGUGUCUGUGUUUCUGUCUGUGUGUGUCUGUGUGUGUGUCUGUGUGUGUGUGUGUGUGUGUGUGUGUGUGUGUGUUUUUCAAAGUAUGCAACCCCCCCCCCCCCGGUCUGUAGGAUGAUGACCCCUGAUGACCCCUGAUGACCCCUGAUGACCCCCUCUCUGUCUUUGGGAUCAGCUUGAAUCUCUUCAGUUUGUGUUUUUCUGCAGCGCUCUCUCUCUCUCCCUCUCUCUCUCUCCCUCUCUCUCUCUCUCUCUCCCCCCCUCUCUCCCUCUCUCUCUCCCCCUCUCUCCCUCUCUCUCUCUCUCUCUUUCUCUCUCUGUCUCUCUCUCUCUCGCCCUCUCUCUCUCUCUCCCCCUCUCUCCCUCUCUCUCUCUCCCCCUCCCUCUCUCUCUCUCUCUCUCCCCCUCUCUCCCUCUCUCUCUCCCCCUCUCUCCCUCUCUCUCUCUCUCUCUUUCUCUCUCUGUCUCUCUCUCUCUCGCCCUCUCUCUCUCUCUCCCCCUCUCUCCCUCUCUCUCUCUCCCCCUCUCUCUCUCUCUCUCUCUCUCUCUCUCUCUCCCUCUCCCUCUCCCUCUCUCUCUCUCUCUCUCUCUCUCUCUCUCUCUCUCUCUCUCUCUCUCUCUCUCGCCCUCUCUCUCUCUCUCUCUCUCUCUCUCUCUCUCUCUCUCUCUCUCUCUCUCCCUCUCUCGGUCUGUUUUGGGAUUUAGUUGUUCUGUUUUUGUCGUCGUUGUCGGUGUUUUUGUCGUUUUAUCGGUGGGUUAUUAUCAUUAUUAUCAUUAAUAUUGUUAUUAUUGUUGUUUAUUUUUUACGUAAAGGGAUCUAAAGUCGUGUUUUUUUAAAUUAUGAGUUAGUUUUUAAGCGGAUCGCUCGGGGUCGUGUUUGUAACCUUUAUUUUCGCUUUAAUUUCCCUCAAAGAUCUUGUGAAAGAAGAAAGCGUGGAGUUACUGAGGGUUCGAGUCUGUAUAUCUGUGGGUAUUAUGGAUUAAUGAUUAACAAAGAAGCAGAAUUAUAUACAUAUAAUUAAAUAAAAUUUCCUGAUACUGUUUCAGAUGUUUGACGUUUUUUUUUUU